UUCACCUGUCAUCAUUGUGUGGGAAAAUAUACAUGAACCGUGUCAAGUGAAAGGUUGAAAAAAGAUCUACGUUGUAGCAGCUACAGCAGCUUCGAAAUGAAACCACACGAAUUGAGCAAACUUAAGACACCAAAUGUUAUAGCGAGUUCAGUCUGGUUGCUGCUUCACAUCAUCUUCACCUGGAUAGAGAAUUUAUUGCGGUAUUUACGACGGUGCCGGAAAGCCAUCCAGCCACUAGGAACAACUAUAGAAUCAUACUGCAUGAAACAAUCGCAGCAGUACGUGAAGUCGCAACUCCAGGCGGUAUCCAAAAUCCCAACGCAUCUGGUGGUGCUACUGGGACCUGAACAACCUGACUAUUUACGACUAUCGCAGUUCAUUUACUGGUCGUAUGCAGCCGGUAUUGCGUACGUUAGUUUCUAUGAUCAUAAUGGUACAAUUAAACGUAAUCACGAACAGAUCAAACGAUUUGUGGGCGAAGUACCAUUAGAAGAUAAACUUCAUAUCCGCUGGUCGGAUCAAGACCACGAAUCGGUUGAUAUGAACACAGUGCCGUCCAAUCAACGAUGUACAGUUGUGAGGUUCCUUUCACCUGAGGACGGUAAACAGGGACUGGUUAGCUUGAGCCGCUCGAUUGGUGAAUCAAUGCGGCGUCGUGAUCUGUUUCCGUCCGAUGUAAACAUAGAAUUUUUGGACAGUCGACUGCAAGCAUCGUCCGGUUACGUACCCGAUCCGGAUUUGGCCGUUUACUUCGGUGAAGUUUGUUCCACGUAUGGGCUGUUGCCGUGGCAGAUACGGCUAACAGAAUUUCUGCCACUUGAGUGGCGACUGGAGGACAGCAACGAGCAUCAUUUCGUCGAUUGUUUGCUUCGGUUUGCCAAGUGUGAGCAACGUUUGGGAACAUAGAUGAAGAAUUCCAUGGCAGCUGAUAUAGGAAAGAAUAUAAAGUCAUACCAUUGGAAGACUGC